ACAGUUUAAGGCAGCCCCUGAACGACGGAUGUCGCAGCCCAUCUUGUUGUUAGGGCAGGUUGUCAGGGGCAGCGCAUCUGUCAGUUAGCUAACAGAGGAUUAGGGGCUUUUAGGUCAAGCCUGUGUGGUUUGUGUCGUGACGUCACCCUGCAAACAUCUACAUUAAAACAACAUUUAACUGAGUGCGGUAAACGAUGGAUGAUCAGGAAGAUUUCUUGGAACACGAAGACUCGGACAUGAGCGAGAAACCGUUAUCGCCGCCUUACAAUGUUCCUUUUCGGUCUGCUCGGAUGCAAGUCCAGAGGAGCAAUGUCUGCUCUCGGGCUUAUUUCGUUGUGGUCAUGGUCUUCUUCCACGUUUACAUCCUGAACGUCAUUGCCCUGCUGCUCUACGUGCACUACAACAACGGCCCCGGGGAUUUAGUUAGGGGAGACGGGGCGUCCCCUGCUUCAGUCAUCAGUCCUGACAGCCGCUUGCCCCAACCCGCUCCAACGGAGAGAGAGUUGGAUGUGGAGGACUACAGUCAAAGCUUCAGCCUACAUCGUAUGGAGGGGAUACGGGUCGGACAUGUUCAACACGUGUCUAUUGUACCAGACAGAACACACGAGAUGAAAACACUCAGUCUGAAACCUUUGCUCUUCGAGAUUCCGGGUUUCCUGUCUGAGGAAGAGUGUCGCGUGGUGGUGCAGCUGGCCCAGCUCAAGGGUCUGAUGGAUAGCCAGGCGGCAACACCUAGCCAAGAGCAAGCGGAGUUAAACCAGCCUCUGCUUUCUCUAAGCACGGAAGAGGUCUUCGGUCUUUUGGACCUGAACCAAGACGGGUUUCUUCAGAAGCAGGAGAUUGUGAGUCAUUCACGUUCUCGAGACGGGACCUGGUUAAGCCCAGCUAGCUUACGGCAAAUACUGUCUGGUCUGGAAACCUCUCCAACAGCGACGCUGACUCUUGGGGAGUUUAGGCGCGUUUAUGAUGUGUCCCAGCGUCAGCGACAGCAGCGAAGUGGGACCCUGCACAGUCACUUUAAACAGAGAAACAGGCACACAUGGCUAUUUCAGGGGCCGGGAUCUCACCAUGUUCUGCAGACUCUCAGGAAAAGAGUAAUCGCUCUGACACGUCUGCCCUCCUCACUGGUUGAGCUAAGCGAGCCACUGCAGGUAUCUCGCUAUGAGCACGGAGACUUCACUGACGCUCACUAUGACAGCAGCUCCACUCACUCAGAGACCACCUGUGCGCACACGCGGCUGGCAGGAAACACGUCUGCUCUCACGGAGGUCUCCUGCAGGUAUCUGACGGUGCUAUUCUACCUCAGCUCCGUGGAGGACGGUGGUGAAAGUACUUUUCCUGUGGCAGACAAUCGUACCUACGAUGAGCGGGCCCUGGUCCAGGAUGGCGUUGAUCUGACAGACACCCAGCAGACAUGUGGCAAAGGCAAUCUUAGAAUGACCCCAACUGCUGGAACGGCUCUCCUCUGGUAUAAUCAUCUCUCUGAUGGCAGAGGUUGGAUGGGCGAGUUAGACGAGUACUCCCUGCACGGCGAUUGUCCAGUCAGGCGAGGAGUAAAGUGGGUGGCCAACAGCUGGGUGAAUGUGGACCCCGAUCACCAGCAGCAGGCUCGCUACCAGAGACUAGUUGCUCAAAGGCAUCAAGCUAAGUCGGCUAUGGACGACCAUUACCAGUCUCUGUCUCACAGUGACCUCCACCUGGAUCUAUAGCCAAGCCAUUAUUUGAUUAAACAUUAAACCUUUGCUUUUGAGACGCAGUCAUCCCUUAUAGUGAGGUCUGUUUGACAUUUACACAAUGUCAAAUAUUGUGGAGCACUUUGCAAAAGUCAUGAGCCACCCUGAUUAUUUUAUAGGUGUUGCAUUCAAGGGUCGAGGCCUUCUGGUCAUUUUGAAGCUGUCUUGAGCAAAGCUUGUCAGGGUUUCUGAAGGACUUUCAAGGUGCUGCUCUGGCAGUCCUUAAGUUUCGAAGUGCAACUUUUUGUCACUCAAAAGUGCCAAACAUGUGUCUGACAGGCACAACAGCAUUUUUGCACACAAAAAAAAAGUCUGAGUCCUAAAGAGCUAGCAGCUGAAGACUCACACAGUACACAGAUUAGCUGAAGCAUGGUGCAUCUCUCAGAUCUCCACUCUCUUUUUUCCUGAAGAUGAGGUUAGCAGAUGGUACUCACCUGCUUUAUAUCAUUUUAUAGGCCUUUAGCUCCUAUUAUGCAGAUGUAUGCUAUAAUUUGGCCCAGAGCACUUUGUGUUCAUUUUUCAACUAUUCACAGCUCGAGGUUGUUGGUUCUUAGUCAAGUUGUUUUGUGUGUAGGUCAAACACUAAGUCUAGAUGCCUUCAUUUGCUCUGAUUCCCCCUAUUGAUGUUAAAUGGAUUUGUAAGAUCAGAAGACAUUUUCUUGACAUUCCUUUCAAUUUGUGUACUUAAGGUACAAGGAUUAAACUGAAAUGUAUUUAAAUCAGCCAAUAUUAGAAAUUUUAAGAUCUCUACAUGAUCACUCAAAAGUUAUUGCUCAAGACCACUUCACAUCAGAACUGACAGGUCAGGCCUUUUCUCUGCACAAUUUAAGAGAUAAAGGGAGGCUCUGGACUUUUGCAUUGUUCUUAUACUGCAUGAAAAUUGCACACAAUAGCUUCACAUAUCUCUUUUUGUUAAAUCUCAUUUUUAUUGUUAUUGGGAUGCAUUCCCUGUAAUUUAGUUCAUAAUUGGGAAGCAAAGACAUACAAUAAAUAUACUAGUGUAACUUUUUUUUAACCAUGAAACUGCACUUUAAAGAUGUAUAUAACAUAUAUAGAGUGAUAGGCAUUUAUAAACACAAUGAAUAAAGAUGCAAAAAAAAAAAGAUGCAGUCACAUAUAAGCGAUAGGCCUGCUGACUUGCAUUCUGUUUGGUUUUGUGAGGCUUCUGCACCUGCUUCAGGUCAUUCUCAUUUAUCGGUAUGAAGUUGAAGCCGUUUGCUGCGGGUCUUGUCACAACGGUUAUCUGUGAAUGUGUUCCUGAGGGAAAACGUCUCUCAGAUCUUCUGUGUCAGCUCUGUUCUUCAUCUUUGUGUCCACAGAUAUUGAUCUUUUAUCAUGAUGUGUUAUUUAAUAAGACUAUGUUGUGCCUGCUGCAAACGCAGGGCUCGGGACUACACUGUGCUUUACAGAAUAAUACAAAGCCAGUCCUUCAGGUAAAAGUCUUUGAUAUGUUUUGCUGAGUGUUUAUAUCCGCACAACACAUAUUUAUUUAUUUAUUGUCGAAUCUAUUUAUUUAUAUAUUUAUUUAUUUAAUUAAUUAUUAUUACUGCAAUUUGGUCAUUUUAAGUUAAAGACAGGGAUAUUUAUAAAUGGUUGACAUCGCAGUCACUGUGUGUGUGUAUAAUGUACUUGUGUGUGUUAAGACGUUUAAUGUAUAAAGCUAUGUUUUAUGAA